AUGCACGCGAGGAAGACGACCGAGGGGCGCGGACGCAGCGACAGCCGGGUUGACGAUGACCAAAAGCUGGGGCCCUUUGAAUGGGGCGAGGUUGAGAUGACCCAGACCACUUAUCAGCUGCUGGCCGGCCAAGGCAUGACAGAGGAAGGGGCAAGCCAGGUCGCCGUCUGCCGCGGUACCGGCCACUUGCUAAAGGCGCGGCUCAAUGCAAGGCAUGCCAUCGCUGGGGGGCUCGCGUCAUCGCAAGUCGAACCAUGGGAGACCAGACCACGAUCCGUCAUAUCAUAA